GUAGGAACACACGGCAGCGGCGGCAGCAGCAGCAGUCCGGACCAGGUAGUCCCCCCGCAGGACCUGCACACACCAACGGCGCCCAGACCCCCACCGCCAACGCCAUGGCACAAGCGGCCAAACAUCUCCGCAAGAACAAGGAUUUAGAAGCUGCGGCAGAGCAGGAGCGCAAGGAGAAGGAGGAGGAGAAGUUCAAAAAGAGGAGUCGCUCACGGGAUAAAAAGCGCAAGGCCCACGCCGUGCAUCGCUGGCUAAUCGAUCAGGACAGUAGUGUGAGCUCUGAGAUGCCGGAUGGCCAAGGAGUAUGGCACUAUGAUGAUGAAGCAGAUGCUGGCAACAGUUUUCUCAGAGCGGCCCGAUCUGGCAACUUGGACAAGGCCCUGGAACACAUCAAAAAUGGCAUAGAUAUAAAUACAGCGAAUCAGAAUGGGCUCAACGGGCUGCAUCUGGCCUCUAAAGAAGGCCACGUUAAAAUGGUGCUGGAGCUACUCCACAAUGGGAUUGUGCUGGAGACCACUACGAAGAAAGGGAACACGGCCCUGCAUAUUGCAGCCCUGGCGGGGCAGGAGCAAGUGGUCACAGAGCUGGUUAACUACGGGGCCAACGUCAACGCUCAGUCCCAGAAGGGUUUCACUCCACUCUACAUGGCUGCGCAAGAAAACCAUCUAGAGGUUGUGAAGUUUCUUCUGGAGAAUGGAGCCAAUCAGAGCAUUCCAACCGAGGAUGGAUUUACUCCUCUCGCCGUGGCCCUUCAGCAGGGACAUGAAAAUGUCGUAGCCCUGCUCAUUAACUAUGGUACCAAGGGAAAAGUCCGGCUCCCCGCGCUACACAUUGCAGCGCGCAACGACGAUACACGCACGGCCGCAGUGCUCCUGCAGAACGACCCCAAUCCUGAUGUACUCAGCAAGACUGGAUUCACACCACUCCACAUUGCUGCACACUAUGAAAAUCUUAACGUUGCUCAGCUGCUGCUCAACAGAGGAGCCAAUGUCAACUUCACCCCAAAGAACGGUAUCACUCCUCUGCACAUCGCAUCCAGACGGGGGAACGUGAUCAUGGUGCGACUGCUGCUGGACAGAGGGGCACAGAUCGAUGCCAAGACCAAGGACGAGCUGACUCCUCUGCACUGUGCAGCCAGAAAUGGUCAUGUCAGGAUAAUAGAGAUCCUGUUGGACCACGGGGCCCCAAUCCAGGCAAAGACCAAGAAUGGCUUAUCUCCAAUUCACAUGGCAGCUCAGGGCGACCACAUGGACUGCGUCAAACAGCUCCUGCAGUACAACGCGGAGAUUGAUGACAUCACGCUGGACCACCUCACUCCUUUGCAUGUGGCGGCACACUGCGGACACCACCGCAUGGCCAAAGUGCUUCUGGACAAAGGUGGCAAACCCAACUCUCGAGCUCUGAACGGCUUCACUCCUUUGCAUAUCGCCUGUAAAAAGAACCACAUGCGUGUGAUGGACCUCCUGCUCAAACACGCUGCAUCGUUAGAGGCUGUAACUGAGUCGGGCUUGACCCCAUUGCAUGUGGCGUCAUUUAUGGGUCAUCUGAACAUCGUGAAGAUCCUCCUGCAGAAAGGAGCUUCCCCCAGUGCGUCUAAUGUGAAAGUGGAGACUCCUCUCCAUAUGGCUUCUCGCGCAGGACACUAUGAGGUGGCGGAAUUUUUACUGGAGAAUGCGGCACCGGUCGACGCCAAGGCCAAGGAUGACCAAACCCCUUUGCAUUGUGCCGCUCGAAUGGGCCACAAGGAUCUUGUGAAGCUGCUGCUGGAUCACAAAGCCAACCCCAACUCCACCACCACAGCCGGACACACGCCCUUACACAUCGCUGCCCGGGAAGGUCAUGUACAAACUGUCCGCAUCCUCCUGGACACACAGGCUCAGCAGGCCAAGAUGACAAAGAAAGGCUUCACUCCGCUGCACGUGGCUUCCAAAUACGGAAAGGUGGAUGUAGCAGAGCUGCUGCUGGAGAGGGGAGCUAAUCCUAACGCUGCAGGCAAGAAUGGUCUGACACCACUGCACGUCGCUGUACAUCACAACAACCUUGACGUUGUUAACCUGCUCGUCAGCAAAGGAGGAUCACCACACAGUGCCGCCAGGAACGGCUACACUGCCCUGCACAUAGCAUCUAAGCAGAACCAGGUGGAGGUGGCUAACAGCCUGCUGCAGUACGGAGCUUCGGCCAACGCUGAGUCACUGCAGGGAGUCACACCUCUCCACCUGGCCUCGCAGGAAGGAAGGCCAGACAUGGUGUCACUGCUCAUCUCCAAACAGGCCAAUGUCAACCUCGGCAACAAGAGUGGAUUAACUCCACUCCACCUGGUGGCCCAGGAAGGACACGUUGGCAUCGCUGACAUCUUGGUGAAACAGGGAGCAUCAGUCUAUGCUGCCACACGGAUGGGUUACACCCCUCUCCAUGUAGCCUGUCACUAUGGCAACAUCAAAAUGGUGAAGUUCCUCCUGCAGCAACAAGCCAAUGUCAACAGCAAAACAAGGCUUGGAUACACUCCUCUGCACCAGGCGGCCCAGCAGGGACACACAGACAUUGUGACUCUGUUGCUGAAGCAUGGAGCUCAGCCCAACGAGACCACCACAAAUGGUACGUCAGCCUUAGCCAUUGCUAAGAGGUUGGGCUACAUCUCUGUGAUCGACGUCCUGAAGCUCGUCACUGAGGAGACGGUUUCCAUGACGAGCACAGAGAAACAUCGCAUGAGUUUCCCUGAAACGGUGGACGAGAUUCUUGACGUGUCCGAAGACGAAGGAAUUGCACAGCUAACAUUAGGAGAGGAGCUCUUGGGGACCGAAGGGGCCAGGUAUAUGAAGAUGGAUGACAUGAAAGACCAUGAUGACGAUUUCCUCUCCCCCAAGAAAUCACUGGAGUACGAGAGAGGGCUGGGCACAGCAAAUUACUCGCCAGCGAUUCCCAGGAUCCCCCGUGUCUCUCCAGAGACCGUCAUCCUCAAAGAACAUGAAAUAGAACAGCAACACACUCCUCUUCCACUGCCCAAAGAAUACGACGAUGACUCACUGAUUCCCAGCAGCCCAGCGACUGAGACAUCAGACAAUGUCAGCCCUGUCGCCAGUCCCAUACACACAGGGUUCCUGGUCAGUUUUAUGGUGGAUGCUCGAGGCGGCUCUAUGCGAGGCAGCAGGCAUAAUGGUCUGCGCGUCAUCAUACCACCGCGGACCUGUGCGGCCCCCACCCGCAUCACCUGCCGCCUUGUGAAGCCGCAGAAGCUGACCAGCCCCCCUCCUCUGGUGGAGGGAGAGGGGCUGGCCAGCAGGAUCAUCUCCCUGGGUCCAGCUGGGAUGCAGUUCCUGGGACCAGUGAUAGUGGAAAUCCCCCACUUUGCUGCUCUGGGUCGAGGCGACCGGGAGCUUGUGGUGCUGAGGAGUGAGAAUGGCUCUGUCUGGAAAGAGCAUCGGAAUCGCUAUGGUGAUGAGGUGCUAGAAACUAUUCUCAAUGGAAUGGAUGAAGAAUUAGAAAGUCAAGAGGAGCUUGUGAAGAAGAGAAUUCGCCGCAUCAUCUCUACCGACUUCCCCCUUUACUUUGCUGUUGUGUCGCGCGUCCAGCAGGAGAGCGAUCUGAUUGGUCCGGAGGGAGGUUCGCUGACGAGUAAACUGGUGCCAUUGGUCCAGGCUUCGUUUCCAGAGACGGCAGUCACCAAACGAGUCCGUCUGGGGCUGCAGGCUCAGCCAGUUCCAGAUGAACUGGUUGCAAAGCUGCUGGGUAACCAAGCAAACUUUAGCCCUGUUGUCACCGUGGAGCCUCGGCGGCGCAAAUUUCACCGACCCAUCGGCCUUCGCAUUCCCCUGCCGCCAUCCUGGAAGGAGAGCCCCCGAGACUCUGGGGAGGGUGACACCACCAGCCUGCGCCUGCUUUGCUCCGUCAUAGGAGGCACAGCACCAGCCCAGUGGGAGGACAUCACCGGCACAACCAAGCUUAUGUAUGCUAAUGACUGCGCUAGUUUCACAACCAAUGUAUCAGCACGAUUCUGGCUCGCAGACUGUCCUCGGACCGCCGAGGCCGUCUCCUUUUCCAACCUGCUCUACAGGGAGCUGUCGGCUGUUCCCUACAUGGCCAAGUUUGUGGUGUUUGCGAAGAUGAAUGAGCUGCGCGAGGGCCGCCUCCGCUGCUACUGCAUGACCGACGACAAGAUGGACAAAACCCUGGAGCAACAUGAGAACUUCACAGAGGUGGCUCGCAGCAGAGACAUAGAGGUGAUGGAGGGAAUGCCACUUCACCUGGAAUGUUCAGGAAAUCUUCUGCCAGUGAGGAAAGCCACCCAGCAGCCUCGCUGCUUCAGCUUCCAGGCCUUUAGGGAUAACCGCCUCCCGGUGUCUGUUAAGGUGAGAGACAGCAGUAAAGAGCCCACGGGAUUUUUGUCUUUCCUGCGUAAGACCACCAAGUAUGAGGACAGUCAGCAUGUGCUCUGUAACCUCAACAUUACGAUGCCUCCGUGUAUCAGGAUUCUGGGGAGUGAAGAUCGGAGGAGAACUCUGACCCCGCUGGCAUUAAGAGAAAGAUACAGUGCCCUAAAUGAGCCUGCGAUGGCAUCAAUGAGUGCGAUGGAGAGGACUGAGCUGAAAAUGGCUGUGAUUGCAGAACAGCUGGGACUGAGCUGGGCGGAGUUGGCACGUGAGCUUCAGCUCAGUGUGGACGACAUCAAUAAGAUCCGUGUGGAGAAUCCAAACUCUCUGCUGGAGCAGAGCUCAGCUCUACUCAACCUGUGGGCCACUCGAGAGGGCAAGAGGGCCAAGAUGGAGAGCUUGUACGCAGCUCUGAAGAGUAUUGACCGUAUGGACAUUGUCAGCAUGUUGGAGGGACAGCCACCGCAGCCUGCGAGACAAGGCGCCCGUGAUCUCAGCAGACGCCGACACAAUGAGAGAGAGCACAUUUCCCCUGGUAUGACCAAUGGUUAUGGUCUCGCGCAGGAUGAGCUUCUAUCACCGGCCUCCAUGCAGUACAGUCUGCCCUCACCGCUGGGCGCUGAGCCUUACUGGCAGGAGGUCUCCAGUCUCGACUGUGCACCCAUUGCCACCACAGAAGAAGACACCCUCAUGGAGAUGUCUGAUGUGCAGGUGUGGCCCUCGGGCAACAGUCCCUCCCUGGUGCCCGUGGAGGACUCCUCGCUGGAGUGCAGCAAUGCUGAUGAUUCAGAGGGUCUGCUGGGACUGCCGUAUGGAAGUCUGGGUCGUCCAGCCAGUCAGGCCAGUGCAGCCAGUGGAGGGGGUGGGGUGCUCAGUGGCUCCAUUGAGCUGCCCGAAGAUGAUUCAGAGAUGGGCGUUGACUCGCUCAGCACUGCCACGCCGGCCUCGCUUGGGGGCACCAUCGCUGGGAUCAAUCUUAACGGGCUGAACAAUGGUCAGGGGUCAGAGGCGAGCUCGGAGGUAUCGGCAGUCACCAGUGCAACUGGUGGUGGAGGAGCUGGAGGAGGAAGAGGAGGAGGGACAGGCUCAGACGAAGGGCAUUCUCUUGUUACAGGACAGCAAAGGGUGUAUGCUCGGCUGAGUGAGUCACCUGGUCUGAGCUGUGUUCCAGAUCGAAAUGGAGACAGGUCAGGUAAUGGUGGAAACAGCGGUGGAGGCUCUUUCCUUUCCUACCUGCAGGAGCAAACAGGCCCACAAUGGAUGCCUGUCACUGACCCUACUCAGGCCUGGGUGGGCAGUCAGUCCAAGCCCAGGCAGGCCAUGGACUCCAUGAUGUCAUCUGUACGCAACGCUGUUGACGGAGAUCAAUCGCAUAUGUCACCAGAGGCCUUGCUUCAGCCUGUGAGAGACAUGGGGCACUCUGAGAUCUUAUGCGGGCACUUCAGAGGUACCCAACCAUUUGAGAAGGGUUUGGGCUUCCCACACAGAGUACCAGAGCUACGGGCCUGGGACGAUGUGCGUCUGAAGGGCCAGGGCGAUGAGGCUGAAGAUCUUCCAGGGGAGCAAGUAAGCGAGGAACAGUUCACGGAUGAACAUGGAAACAUUGUCACAAAAAAGAUUGUGCGUAAGGUUGUGCGCAGAGGAAAGGGUUCAGGUGAAGAGGGGGUUCAGGAGGUGUGCAUGGAGGGUUCUCUGCAGGACGCCAAUGAGCUGGAUGUUGAUGCUGAGCAGUUCAUGAGCUACGCCAUCCUGGGCCGCGACAGCAGCAAGCCCGAUACUGUGGAUGUGAAGAAAGGUGCUCAGAUAGUGAAAUGUGCCAGUCUGCGGAGAGUUAAGCAGUGAGGCAGACUGAGCGCUGCGUCCCCUCAGAGUUCUCCGCAGGAUUCAACCCCCUCACCAAAACCAUCCUAUAUGGACACAUGACCAGAAGCAACUCAUAAGGAAGAAGAACACGUUAAAAAACAGAAGCAGAAGGGCAGAAAUGAACAGCUACAACUUAAUGACAACCAUGGCGGCUAAGCCAGCUAUCAGCACACACCCGAAGAGAAAGGAUAUGGAUUUACUUGUAGUUUUUAUUACUUUUUUUUAAAGAAAACAUGGGAAAAAUAAAUAUAUAUAUAUAUAUACAUAUAUAUAUAAAAUAACUAGGCUAGAAGCAUGAUUUCAUAUAAAACAAAAACCAAACACAGACAAAAAAAACAAAAAAACUAGCAACCAAAACGUGCUUCCUGUUAUCUGUAUCAGCAUGAGUGACUGCUGCCGCAUGGCCUGUCUUUAACUACAAAUACCGAGGGAAGGCAGGGGGUGGGUUAAAGGGCUGGGAGGGAUGGGGAGGAGACACCGCUGUAUGGGACAGGCAUGCACUGUAAGGUUUGGUCAAUCACUGGCCACUUUUCUAAAGCGACAGGGGAAAAUGUACCUGUGAAACAUGAAAAAAAAGAAGACUAAAAUAUUGAGGAUUACAUAAUCUCUAGGCAACAUGUUACCCCCCCAACCCCACCUGCCCGCAUUCUUCAAAGCAUCACAGACUUGUUUUGAAUCCGUCCCAGUGCUCUCAAAGUCCAGUAAAGCUACAAAUAUCACCCAAUAAUAUUGGUGUUGUACAUAAUAGUGUAUGCACUGAAAUGCUCUACGUGACUGUGUUACAUGUGUUGUUGGCGACACCACUGAUGCUGCUGUUUCAGGUACAUAAGAACCCCCCCCCGUUUGGUUCAUUUGGUCUGAACCUGUGUAUUAUUCUAUAUAUCUUGAGAUCUUUGUGGGUUACAAGAACAUGCAAAAUGUCGUGUCUGCCUGUUUUUAGCAUCAGAUUUCUGUGUGUCCAGCUGUUUGUUUCUCUGUGCUUUCAUCAUUUGCUGUAGACAUGUAAAAGUGUAGAGGGACGGCUUUAAAUCGCUCACUGCGGGGGGUUUUGUGACGGACCUGUCUCGAGAUAUAUGCUAAAUGACAGAUUAGCCUACUCUGCCAUCCUAAUCCUCCACCUUUUCAUCCACAGUCUGUGAUAAUCCAUUGUUUUAAAUCCCGACACCUCUCAUCGCUCCAUGUUACCCCUUACCCCCCUACCUCCACCUCCAACCCCUCCACCCUUUCAGUCAGCCUCUCAGAGUAGAUGUAGCAGUCCUGUCCACCUCCUACCAGAGGUACCAGGAUACAAAUUCACCUUUGUAGCAGUGUCUCUAUAUCAUCUUUGUGCAGUAUCUGAUGCCACCGCCCAGUGGGGUGCACUUAUAGACCAUCUCACCACAACGAGAGAGUGUCACUUGAUGUGGGUGAAGUGGCUGAAAAAUGCUGGUAAUAAUGUAGCACUGGUUGGACUGGGUAAAAAAAGGAGAGACAGCUGGAGAAAGGAGGAAUGUUGUGUCGCGGGUCAAGGAUGUGUUGAGCUUUGAUGUUUGUCUCCUUGGUAACUCUUGGUAAAGUGUAGCAACAGCGACAGUCAGUCACCAAUCACUGUGAUGAGAAACUGUAAUACUGACCCGCAACUGUGAGCCUGACCCUUCCUGAAGUGUGUCUCUUGUCUCACUCCUUUCUUCCCUGGCACAUCUUUUGUGUUUUUUUGUCAUGUCUUAACUGUUAUUCAAAAGAAGCAAUAACUGCUUACAAAAGAUAGGCUUGUUUGUGUGACUGUGGCUGAGUGUGUUUUUGUGUGACGGGGGGGGCGGGGUUUAGGAUCAUAGUUCAUGUUCUUCCGAAGCUCGGGCUUCAGAUCUGAUUUCACACAGGUUUGAGCCUCACUACACUCAGAAAUGAUGUCAGCACAUUAGCAUCUGAUAUUUUACCACUUUUUCCUCUUUUGGAAUAAGAAAACUUACGUUUGAGUUGUGCAAAUAAGCUGGUCUCCCAUCUGCAAAGUGCCCAGUGUCUGUUUUCAUGUGGUGUAGUUUUAAAAAUCUUAAUAACAUUCAUAUGCACCUUGAAAUAAAUCCUAUUGGGUGUGUGUGUGUGUGUGUGAGUGUGUGAGCGCAUGUGUGUGAGAUUUUACUAUCAUGUAUUCAGUCCUGUAUCAUGGGACAUAUCAAUGUUGUGAUAAUAUCACAGAAAGCUAUAUUGCAAAUGAACAAAGAGCAGCAGCUCUCACAUUACACAUGUAAUUCACGUCUUUGUUCUUCUUUUUAUUAAAAACAGAAACUUAAUUUACCUCAAAAAGCGAAACCAUCAGUUACACACACAUUUCCUUUUCAAACAUUUCAGUAAACGUUGAAUGAUAUGUUAUUUAAGACAAUGUAAGUCGCCAAACUUUUGCAAUAAGCACCUGUCAAUAAGUGUUUAGUUUCGGCUCCACGGCCAGAGAUGAUGAAUGUAAAGUCUUGGUAUACUGUACGUCUCGUUAUAAGGUUGUGUUGGCUUUGUACUUUAGUAGAUCAUAGGGUGUUUCACUCAGUAUCUGCUCUUGAUCGUCAAAAACAUGACAUUUCAUUCUCAUUUCAUAACAAACAUACAUAAGAGGAAAGAUGUGAAGAUGUGUUUUUUGCCAUUUUAACAAAUAUCCAUUCAUCAGGUAUUAUUUCUAUUAUAUUACUAUUUUUUUAAGAGUCAUAAAAAGGUUGGCUGUCAGUAAUAUUUUGACAUAUUGCCCCACAUGUCAUAUGGUUUGCUCUCUAAGGGCUCAUGAUUAUGAUAGGCUUGCAUUGGUUUCUGAUGAAAGGGCCUGUUUUAUAAAUCCACUGCUGAUGUCAGGGUUUUAGAGCGAGGAGGUGUGGGACGGGAAGGGGCUCUGCAUGGUGAAAAGACAGACGAGGGGAAAGCACUCUGAAGCCGUAUGGAGUGACGCGUGGUUGCUCUUUCAACAAGAUGACAAGCAUUUUUACUCAACACACAGCCACACUCAACAACUCUUGAUCUCAAAACGUGAGACCGGGCCACUUCCGAGGCUUCCACGUGGCGAUGGUUUCAAAUCAGUUUUGAAUGGAGGAAUCCACACAAACAAGUGCGAGCAGAGGAAGGAGCGGUUCCACAAAAAAUAAACAAUACCGAGCUCUGCUCUGAGGGACUACUGAGUCGACGCCAUGCACCACGUCCAUGCAAAAAUAUUAACUGUUGCAAAAACUAGAGAACACAUGUAUAUUCCUUUAGAAUGGAUUGAAGACAUUAUUAACGCAAUAGCAUAUUACUCAAUACUAAGGAAUGCAACUGCGUACAUGCACAGAAAAUGUUUUUAACAUAAAAGGAUAUGUAUAUAUACACAUAUAUACACACAUAUAUGUGUAUGUAUAUGAGAAAUAUAUUAAAAAAUAUAUAUAUUUACUUAGAAUGCUAUGCACCCUUACUUGUCAAAUGGGAUUCUAGUUAUGUUAUGGAUGUACUUUUAGCAUCAUACAGCUGUAGCUACCAAGAGACUGUUGAGUUCUGAGUAAUGCCUGCAAACCAAGGGAUAAAUUGAGUUCUUGUGGGUAUUUUAACCUGAUUUUUUGUUUUGCUUUUUUUUUAAUGUUAUGGAGAGUUGAUCAUGAAUUUAAAAUACACAUAUAAGAGCCUUUUAAUCCCAAUCAAAUCUGAGGACAUCUAUUGACAAUUUACUCUGUACACCAGCUCAACAUUUACAAAAAUUAAUAAAGAAAUGAAAUGUC